UGUGUUUGUGAGAGGUAACACAACGUGCACCAAGUUAAUGUCAACAUUACCUCACCUGUAUUUUGGUACAAACACAGGAAAAUAAAUACUAGCUACUAUGUCGACGUACCUAACAAAUGUGAUAAUUUUCUUAACUUGUUUUAUGUGUGUUGAAUUACAACAAAGUGACUGUCCUCACAAAUGUGUUUGUUUUAGAUCUACCGUUAGAUGCAUGUUUGCUCAGCUGGAUGCAGUUCCAUCACAAAUUCCUAAGGAUACAACCGUGUUAGAUCUUAGAUUUAACAGUUUAUCACAAUUGAACAGAGGAUCAUUUAUAGGAUUACAUAAAAUAGAUACUUUAUUAUUAAAUAACAAUAAGCUAAGAAGACUGACAAAUGGUGUAUUUGAAGGUCUUACAAAUUUACGUUUUUUAUAUUUAUAUCAGAAUGAAUUAGAAGAAAUUGAAAAAGAUGUUUUUGCUGAUACUCAAAAUUUAGAACAGUUAUUUUUACAUAGUAAUAAAAUCAAGCAUUUACCAGAUGGAUUAUUCUCACAGACAAAUAAUCUUCAAAGAUUACGACUGGACGAUAACCCAGUCGAUUGUGGAUGCAGAAUGUACUGGUUAUACAAACUGUUGCAUGACAGGAAUAGAAACGUUCAAGGUGCCGUAACAUGUAAAGGACCCCCAACGUUUGCAGGGAGAGCACUAAAUACUCUGGAUGAAAAUGAUUUUCAGUGUGAUGAGCGGACAUUAACAAUAGUGGACAACAGUAACAGCAAUACACUACCUCAAAUAGUAACUGAGCCAACAGCUGUUAAUGUCACUUUUGGUAACACAGCUUAUUUUGUAUGUCGAGCUGAGGGUACUCCAAGACCAGAGAUCAUCUGGCUACAUAAUGAAUAUCAAUUAGACUUCAGUGACCCUCGGAUUAAUCAAUUAGAAGAUGGAACUCUCAUGAUAUAUAACACAAAAGAAUCAGAUAGAGGGGACUAUCAGUGUAUGGCUAAAAACCCAUCAGGAGAAGUCAAAGCUAAAAAGGUCCAGUUGAGAUAUUCAGAGGCUGUAGUUUCACCACGGUUCAUUGCUACUCCCCAGGAUGUAACAACAUCAGUUGGUAAUUCAGUGCAACUAACAUGCCAAGCUACAGGCCAUCCUGAACCACAGAUUCAAUGGACCAAGAAUGGUAAUCAAUUGUCUCCAUCCAACAGAAUCACCGUAAUGUCAAAUGGAGACCUACAUGUAAACAAUGUGCAUACAGAGGACCAAGGAUUGUACCGAUGUACUGGUGUAAAUAGUGCAGGCUCAAUAGGAGCUGCUGCUAGGAUUGCAGUACAUCAGCCACCAAAAUUCCUGACAGAACCAUCAGAUGUACAAGUAACAGGAGGUAGCACAGCAACAUUUAGAUGUGAGGUUUCAGGUUCUCCAACUCCACGUAUCAUUUGGAUUCAAGGAGUUGGUAGUCCUUUACCUCGAGAAGAAAGAUUUGAUGUACAGAAUGAUGGACGUUUACUACAGAUCAGAUAUGUUGAAGAUAAAGAUAAAGGGUUGUAUACCUGCAGAGCCAUAAAUGAUGUAGCUACUGUAGAGGUUUCAGCUGAACUAACCAUACUUCAACAGUCCACUCCAAUAGCAGCCAGCAGAGAAUCCACAGUGGAUACUUAUGCAGGAGCAGAUAUAAUACUCCACUGUACUUCGGAUGGAGAACCUACUCCACAAUUCCGCUGGAUUAAGGAUGGAACAUUUAUACAGAACUCCCACAAGUUCUCCUUACAAGGAAAUCGAAUGAUAAUAAGAAAUGUUUUGCAGAGUGACCAAGGCAGUUAUGAAUGUUAUGCUGAGAACACUGUUGGCUUUGCCAGAAAUACAGUUGCACUCAGAGUGUUUGGUGAGGAGAGAACUUACCCAGGCAAUAGGUUUGUUCAGCAGGCUAUAGAGCAAGCCACACGACGAGUGGACACAGCUAUUAAUCAAACUAGAGCUCAGUAUUUUGAUAAAGACAAGAAACACUCGGUACAAGACAUGUUGGCAAUUUUCAGAUAUCCUUCUGCUGAUGCUUUGGAAAUUGCUCGAGCAGAAGAAAUUUUUGAACAGACACUACAAAUAAUUCAUGAUCAAGUGAAAGAAGGACAUCAGUAUGACUUAAAAGAUGCUGCUGCAGAAUCUUAUACAGACAUUAUAUCACCAGGUCAUUUGACUCUGAUAGCCAACAUGUCCGGAUGUUUGUCUGUACCACGUGAUAUUCUCAACUGCAACAACAUGUGUUAUCAUCGCAAAUAUCGUACAUUAGAUGGAACAUGUAAUAAUUUACAGAAUCCAACCUGGGGAUCUUCUGUUACUGGAUUUAAAAGAUUAUUACCGCCAAUUUAUGAAAAUGGAUUCAAUACUCCUGUAGGAUGGACACAAUCCAAACUGUACAAUGGAAUACAUUUACCAAGCCCUCGUCUUGUGUCAUCAUUAUUAAUGUCUACAGAUCAUGUGACAGAAGAUGAGAUUUAUACACACAUGUUGAUGCAGUGGGGCCAGUUUGCAGACCAUGACAUGGACUUAACUCCUCAGUCAAUCAGUUAUGCACAGUUUAGUGAUGGUCGCAGGUGUAAUGAGACAUGUGACAAAUCCUACCCCUGUUAUCCUAUUCCUGUUCCUAGAAGUGAUAAUAGAAUUACCUCCCAUGCUUGUCUGGGAUUUACAAGAAGUAGUGCUUUGUGUAAUUCUGGUUCUACAUCUAUUUUUUAUAAGACUUUUGCUCCGAGAGAACAAUUGAAUGUUAUCACAGCAUACAUAGAUGGAAGCAGUGUUUAUGGUAGUAGUGACUUUGAAGCACAAAGACUACGUGAAUCAACAGGAUUAAUGAGAGUUGGAGUUCUCUCAACUGGUGGGAAGAGAUUACUUCCCUUUGAUAAUUCUGGUUUCUUGCACCAUCUUGAUUGUCAGGUGGAGCCAAACAAGAAAAGGGUUCCUUGUUUUAGAGCUGGUGAUCCUCGUGCUAACGAACAAAUUGCUCUAACAGCAAUGCAUACUUUAUUCAUGAGAUACCAUAAUCAUCUAGUUUCAAGAUUUUCGUUGCUGAAUCCACACUGGGACGGCAAUAUGCUGUAUCAUGAAACUAGAAAAGUUAUGGGUGCUAUAAUGCAGCAUAUCACAUAUCGCCAAUGGUUGCCAAAGAUUGUAGGUGAAAGUGGAUUGAAAAAAUUAGGACUGUACAGACUUUAUGACCCAAAUGUUAAUCCAUCAAUAUCGAAUGAGUUUGCUACGGCAGCUUUUAGAUUUGGACAUUCUUUGAUUCAACCAAUCAUUUUAAGACUGAAUGAAAGUUUCCAGCCAAUUGCUGAAGGCAAUUUACCAUUACAUCAAGCCUUUUUUUCACCUCAUAGAAUAAUUGAAGAAGGUGGAAUAGAUCCAAUUUUACGUGGACUUCUUGCUUUCUCAGCUAAAAAGAGAAUGCCAGAUGAAAUGAUGAAUUCUGAGUUAACAGAGAAGUUAUUUUCAUUAGCUAAUGUAGUUGGCCAGGAUUUAGCCUCUCUGAAUAUACAAAGAGGUAGAGAUCAUGCUCUUCCAUUUUAUAAUGAGUAUAGAAGACUAUGUGGAUUACCAGAAGCUAAUACAUUUAAUGAUUUACAAAAUGAAAUAUCACCAAGAGUUUUAUCAAAACUACGGGAUCUAUAUAAUCAUCCAGGAAACAUUGAUUUAUUUGUUGGUGGAAUGGCAGAGACUCCUUUGGAAGGAGCUAAAGUUGGACCAACUUUUAUGUGUAUUAUAGUGGAUCAGUUCAAAAGACUUAGAGAUGGUGAUAGAUUUUGGUAUGAGAAUCCCGGUGUGUUCACAGUAGACCAGUUAAGUGCCAUAAAACAGAUGACAUUAUCAAGUGUUCUGUGUGACGGUGGUGACAACAUCAACAAAGUACAGAAAGACGUGUUUCUCAGAGUCCAUGACAAGUCCGAGUACAUAAGCUGUGACAAAAUACCCAAACUGAACAUUAAUAUGUGGUCAGACUGCUGUGCUGAUUGUAGUAAAGCUGGUGACUUCCAGUCCAUAACAAGUCAGUACUCCCGUAGCAGGCAAUCUCGACAAUUUUCAUUCAGAAAUGAUUUUACACAAAUACAGAACGACAGACCAAGACAACCUGUUCGACAUGAGUUUGAUAGAACUGUCUAUGAUGAUCAAAUUAAAGUGUUUAACAAUCAUAUACACCAGUUUGAGACUAGAAUUGACAACAUGGAGACCACAAUAAGUGAUCUAACAGAUUCUAUGACAUUUAUGGAGAAAAAGAUGAAAAAGAUGCAUAGACAGAUGAAACAUCAUAAGAAAUUUUGUAAAGAUGAAACCGGAAGAAAGAGGAGAGACCAAGACACCUGGAAAGUUGAUGAUUGUAAAACAUGUGUAUGCCAGAAAGGAACAAUUCAAUGUGAAAAAGAGAUUUGUGAGGUGAUACAUAACUGUGAAAGACCCACUCAAGUUCCAGGACAGUGUUGUCCUAGAUGCUGACCUUUGGACCUUAUAUAACAGUUUAGUUGAUGACAAAUGGCUACGCCAUGUUUAUCUCACUGCCAUAAUGUGAUAUUUUUAUGUAAGGUCUGACUUUGCGAGAUCUCAUCAUUUUUAUUUUAAAAAAGAUUUUUUUUUUCAUUAUCAUGAAAUGAUAUCAGGCAUUUAAAUGUUAGUGUAGCUGUUUUUUGUGGUAUAGGUUCUGCCUAUAAAUCUAAUAUUUUUGAGAACAUUGAAAAGAGUCGUAGAUUUUCAAUUGCUGAUUGCAGAAACUGCAACAGUACAUUAAUCUAAUACUGAUUAAAAAGGGAAAAAGGAUGAAACGACAGACUGUGGUUUGCUCUGGUCCCUCCAGGAGGAGUUGAACAAUGUUGUUGUGGUGUGAGAAUGGUUAUUUUGUAUACUACAGUGUUAUAUAACCCUAAUAAUUAUUUGAUAUUACAUGUACAUACCAGUAGUAAGUUUUUAAGAGUUUCAGUUAUACUUCAUUAAGGUAACAAGUACUUUUGCGUUUUUAUACUGAAAUAAUGUAUUAAAAAUAAAUAAGCAAAUACAGUUAAACCUGUAUAUAAAGGUCACCUUAAAUGACCUUAUAGAAGAGGGGACCUUUGAAUUGAGUUUCACAAUACAUAGGUAAUACUACAGAGGGAAAAGAAGAGGGUCACCUGACAAGACAGGUUUUUGCUGAAUAGAGGUGACCUUCAUAAAGCAGGUUUGACUGUACAUGUACAAUUAAGGACACUCUAAAAUCCUCAUGUCCCUGCCACAAUGCAUGAAACUAUAAAUCUUACAUUAUACUAUAAACUCUGAAACCUCAUUGGCAGGACAAUGUCAAAAUCUUGUAUGCCUUCUUCCAUUUUGUUAAAAUUUAAAAACUCUCAGGUUUUUUUUUUUGGUGAUUUCCCAUAGCAUAUUGAUUCAGAUUUUGCUGUUUCAAGAUUUCGGGGAUUUAAUACCAUUUAAAAAUUUUCUUUGUUUUUUAUAACAAUUUCAUAUUUUUAAUGUAUUAAGGUUGAUUCAUACAAAAACCCUAUUUGAUAGCCUUCCUAAUACUGUUAAGAGAUAUAGCCAAUAUAUUGUAUAUAUUCAUUUACAAGUAUUUGAUUGUAUGAGUUAGUUUUAGUGAAAGAAAAAAAAACAGAUGUUAAGGUGAAAUUUCUUUAAAAGGUAGUGUAGAUUUGCAUCGACACUAAUACCAUGGUGCUAUUUUAUAUAUAUAAUGACAAGCCAUAGAGGGUACCGAUUGUCAUAAAUAUCUCAUUCAAUUAUAUACAGCUCAUAAUGCUUUUUAGAUUAUUUACAUUAUAUUUUUUUUUACAUCUGCCAGUGCUUUUAUAUGUAAUUAUUAUUUUUGCACUUAAUUUAAUAUUUGUUUUUUUAUUUUGAAAAAGCAUUUUUAUUGUAGUUUAAUUUUAUCAUAGUUAGCAACCAUUUUGUACAUGAUGAAUCAUUACACACAUCAGUGUUGAUAAAUGCAUUAUCAUUUGUAAGAACAUUCAUAUCAUUAUAAAAAAAAACUAUUCAUGCUGUCAUAAUUCUUACUUCUAAAAUGAAUAAUUUUUAUUAUAUUUGCUUCCAAGGAUUCAGGCAAUGCUAGCUCCACUGGGCUAAAUAACUUUUAGGUGCUCUAGUUCUUUAUGUUAAAUUGAUAUAAGCAAUGCAAUUUUUGUAAAACAUUAGACAAAUUAUUAGGAUAUAAGUAUCUAGAGUUAUGUUCCCUUACUCCAUCUGGAAAGGUCUUAUUUGAUACCACAAGUACUGCAGUAUUCAGUUGAAAGUCAGUUGAUAAAAAGAUGUUAAGAAUGGUUCAUACAUUGAUCAUUAACAACAAAUGAUUUACAACAAUGUCAACUUAAAUUUGACUUUAUAAAAGUGCAAGAGAAGACAAAACAAUUGAAUUAGAAAUCUAAUAUUGAACAAAUUUAGUGAUUUUUAUUAUCUAUUUGCAUGUUACAUUUUAUUUAAAGUAGGAAAAUAUUUUUAGCAGAAAAUAAUCAUAUGACAAUUUGGAAGACCUUGAAGUACAGUUAAAAAAGAUAUAUUAAAAUUAUAUAAAUUUCUGUUCUUAACCCCUUUGUUGAAAUAUUAACAUCAUUAAUUGCGGUAUUUCUGUAAAAUUAUUUUCAACAAAUUGAGUUAUUUCCCUUUAUACUAAAAAUUCACUUAUUUUAAAGGAACAUGCAAGUUAAAAUAAUAAAAAUGGUAAUGUAUGAUGUAUUUUUAUAGCACAUACUGAAACAAAUAUCUGCCAGUCAACUUUUAAUGAUUUCUUUGAGUUUUGUUUUGGGCUUAUUUCUAAGAUAAUAGUGAAUAUGUUUUAGGACAGUUUUUUUUAUCUCAGGGUUUUACAAUCUUUAAACUUUAUUCUGAAGUGAAGAUUCUAGCAGAUGCUUGGUACUAACUUUAAUUGUUUCGACCUGUGUAAUGUUAAAUUAAUGUACCGGAAAUCUGACACAAUAUGAAUUUUUUUGGCAAUGUUUUUAUUAUUUUAGCAUGUCUAUAAUUUUUUUUUAAAUUUGUCCAGAGUUCAGGAUAGAACAAUAGCUAUCAAGGUGACAGAGAAAAAGCUUUUUCGGUUCUUACAAAAAAAAAUCUAUUUUACAAAGAAAUCCCCAGAGUUGAUAUUAACAUUUUUGAAAUAAAACUGAAAAGUUCAUUCAA